GGGGGACAACCCGAAAAGAUAAUAGAACCUGGAUCCCGAGGUGGCUCUUCCCUUUAAUUAGAAAAGCGAGCAAAAUAGAUUUCGCGAUUGAGGAACACGCGGUCUUUUCUUUCUCGUGGAUCGGAAGCGGAGGGGGCGAAGAGAGACCUGACCGCCAGUUCUGAGAUUAAUGGAUAUCAUUGCUCUUGAAAGUGGAGAUCGGUGACUGCGCUUCCCCAUUGGUAGGCUUUGGUUAUGUAAAAGAGGAAGUGGUGAAGUCCCCAAAACAUCGCAGCCACAGCAGCAGCGCGCGCACACCCAAAAUUUCUACGGGCGGGCGCUUGCAACUUCGGAGCCUCCAGAACAGCUGUCUUUGCGGCGUGCCUGUGUUCGCUGCUGCUGCUACCGCCGCCGCCGCCGCCGCGACUGCUCUCCCUUCUCCAGUGCGCGCUUGGAGCUGCUGGAGAAGUGAGUGGAGGCGGCGCUGUGCAUGCUGGGCUCAGAUCAUGGUUGGGCUUGGCAAUAGGAAGCCAGGCAGGAAGGACUCGAACUAGCGUGCGGUGGCGGCGAGCGAAGCAGCGCGAGACAGAGUGCUGCGGGUCGUGUGAGUAGAUCGCCUGGCCAGAUUGGAGCUGGAGUGAAGGGGGAAGCAAAGUCCCGUAGGCAGAGGCGGGACGGGGCUGUGAGGGAGGCGGAACCGGGGGAGGGGGUCAUUUGGAACAGCGCUGUACGCCCCCCCCUCCCCCUUUUGCUGAUCUGACUGAAGCAGAAGAAAAAAGAGAGGGGCAGGGAAUCCUCGCUUCUUGCAAAGAGAGGCGCCGGUUUGGUUGUCGGUACUGGUGCGUGAAGCAAAGGCGAGACAAGAGGAGCGUAUUUCGGCGCCGCCAACACCGCCAGGAACAGCCGCCGCCGCCUCCUCCCCAUUGCCGGGAGAUGGUGGCAUAUGAAGCGCGCUGGAAGGACCAUGGUUGAAAGGAACAGCAAGUUCCUGCUGAUCGUGGCGGGGUCGGUGUGUUUCAUGCUCAUCCUAUACCAAUAUGUGGGGCCGGGGCUGAGUCUGGGCUCGCCGAGCGGCCGCUCGUACCAGGAUGAGCUGGACCUCUUCCCCACUCCGGACCCACACUACGUCAAGAAGUACUACUUCCCAGUGCGGGAGUUGGAGCGCCAGCUGGCCUUCGACAUGAAAGGGGACGAUGUGAUCGUCUUCCUGCACAUCCAGAAGACGGGCGGCACCACUUUCGGCCGCCACCUGGUGCAAAACGUGCGCCUCGAGGUCCCCUGCGAUUGCCGGCCCGGGCAGAAGAAAUGCACCUGCUACCGGCCCAACCGCCGGGAGACUUGGCUCUUCUCGCGUUUCUCCACGGGCUGGAGCUGCGGGCUGCACGCCGACUGGACCGAGCUCACCAACUGCGUGCCCGGCGUCUUGGACAAGCGAGAGAGCGCCGCGGUCAAACCGCCCAGGAAGUUUUAUUACAUCACUCUGCUAAGGGAUCCUGUGUCCCGUUAUCUCAGUGAAUGGAGGCAUGUCCAACGAGGAGCUACCUGGAAAACAUCCUUGCAUAUGUGUGAUGGCCGGACACCAACCCCUGAAGAGCUGCCAUCAUGCUAUGAAGGCACAGACUGGUCAGGCUGCACUCUUCAGGAGUUCAUGGAUUGCCCAUAUAACUUAGCUAACAAUCGUCAAGUGAGGAUGUUGGCUGAUCUGAGCUUGGUAGGCUGCUAUAAUAUGUCCUUCAUACCAGAAAACAAGCGAGCUCAGAUACUGCUGGAAAGUGCCAAGAAAAAUCUCAGAGACAUGGCCUUUUUUGGCUUGACAGAAUUUCAGAGAAAAACCCAGUAUUUGUUUGAGAGAACUUUCAAUCUAAAAUUUAUCAGGCCAUUCAUGCAGUAUAAUAGCACAAGAGCAGGUGGAGUGGAGGUAGACACCAAGACCAUACGGAGGAUUGAAGAACUUAAUGACUUGGACAUGCAGCUGUACGACUAUGCAAAAGACCUCUUUCAACAGCGCUAUCAGUACAAGAGGCAGUUGGAGAGGAUGGAGCAGAGAAUAAAGAAUCGGGAAGAAAGACUUCUUCACCGAUCGAAUGAAGCGCUUCCCAGGGAAGAGACCGAAGAACAAGGACGGUUGCCUACCGAGGACUACAUGAGCCAUAUUAUAGAGAAGUGGUAGCAUUGAAAGAAUUUUAUACAAAAAACAAGAUACUAGUGUUUCCAUUACAAAAGAACAUGGAAUUUAAAAAAAACUUAUUUAAAACAGUCUGUAAAACAGAAAGUAGAAUGCUUCUUUAAACAAAGGGUCUUUUUACUGUUUCUUACAAGACCAAUGGGGUUCUUAAUAAAACAAAAUAAAAAUAAUAAAAAAGAGUCUUAGUGAGCUCAGAGUUUCAAAUGCACAAGUGUAGUCCCUUAGAACUGAGGCCAAAUAUCACCUCAUAUUUCAUCUAGAUGCAGAUCUAGACAUAGAAAGCAGUUUUUACCACUCUUCUCCAUCGUCAAUAGCAAGUGAGCUUCAAAGAAUCGAUUCACAUUUUCUAUGUGAAAUGUUCAGUGAUGAACGUCAUAAUAAUGGCAGUGAACCUGCCACACAAUGACUUGGUCCCAGAUUCAGCUGCUUGACUUCAGAUUGAAAUCAUGGCUAAAACAAAGGCAUAAUAUAACCAAACUAAAAGGAAUUUUUAAAAAUAGAGAACAGAAACAUCCAGAAAACAGAUUAAAGCCUGGACUACGAAUUGGGGACUGAAGUUUGGAUUACAUGGCACUGGUGUUUUGCAUGCAUACAUUCACACUACAUUAUCAAAACAACUGGUGAAUCUGUGUACAUUUUCUCAGCCUUUGUUAAAGAAAGAAUUAAAUCCCUUGUAAAACUAACUGUAAAUGAUCUCAUCACAAAAUGAUAAACAAAUCUUUUCCUAGAGAAAGACUGGUUAUGUAUCACUCCAAUAAAUUUAAAAGAAUAUGAUCAACUGAGGCCAACAUAUCCUAUGCAAAGUCUAAAUUAUCGUUUGGUUGUUCUGCUCAUGAUGGAAAAUAUUCCUUCCCUUUGGUUGGAUGUUGAUUUAAUAAGACACAGUUAUUAUUCAAAGUGAUUGUUUGUUAUUUGGCAUUAGAUAUUGUCCAUUGCUGAAUAGUGACUGCUAUACUAUAAAAAUUAGAUCAUUUUAAGUCCUAGGUCAAAUGAGGCUAACUUAAAAUUUAAUGAAGUAAUUCAGCUCCACUGAUUGAUGUCAGGAAGAUUUAGAUGCAACUCAUUUUCACUGGAUAAUAUCCAGUAUUUAUUGGAGUGCUGAUGUUGAAUUUAAGACACUGCAUUGCAUCAGCACAUGGCAGGACUUGGCUGAUCAUGUCUGGGCUGUAAACCUAAGCAGACUUAUGAGUACGACAAUAUUAUAAGAUACUAAGGCUUUAGACCAGAUGAAAAAAUUGAGAAAAAAAAAAUCCCACAGUGGUGGCACUUCCAUACCAUUACCAAAAACUAAUCUUGCAUGGAUGUGUCCAUGAAAUCAUUCGCUUACUUGAAGGAGAGUUUACCUGUCUGACUUGCUUUCUUAUUUUUGAGCAAAUAGGAACACUGGUAAAGUUGGAAGUGCUCAGUUGUUCUCACUUCAAACUCUGAGUUUAUAAGUCUUGUACUUAUUAAACAAAAUUUUUCACAAUACCAUAUCAUUUUUUUCUUUUUGAAAGCAUCCAAUUAUGGUUUACUGUCUCUAAAAAAACCUAUGUUUCUUUAUUUUCUAAAUGCUUUUAUAAGUUUUUAAACAGUUUUAUAAAAUGAGAGACUGAAGGAAACCAAAUUGUGUUUGUCAUUAUGACUUAUUGUUUCUGUUCUCUUGGAUACAAAUAGUUAAAUUGUUGAUAGUACUUGAAUAUGAAGGUUGUCAGCUGAUUCUCAAAGAUCAGGCUCACUCUGCAUCAUAGAGAGAAGCUAGUAUAUUUGUUCCAUGUGGUUUUCAGCACAAGAAAGUAUGGAACUUCCUUAUGGUUCUGUAUCUCAAUAUAGUAGUACUCAACUUAGAGCUAUUCAUUUUGCAACCAUUCAAAGUUACAAUGGCACCAAAACAGUGACUUAAAACUAGUCCCUGCAUUUGUAACCUUUGCAGCAUUCUCCUUGGUCAUGUGAUCAAAAUUCAGGCACUUGGCAACUGGCAUGUAUUUAUGAAAGUUGCAGUGUUCCAGAAUCAUGUGACCAACAUUUGCAACUUUCCAAGAUGCCUUCCAACAAGCAAAAUCAAUGUGGGAAAUUAGAUUCAUUUAAAGAAUGAAUAAUUCUUUAAUAAUGCAAUGCGAUUCACUUAAUAAUGCAAUGAUUCGCUUGACAAACAUAGCAAGAAGUAAAAUUGGGUGUGACUCACUUAACAACCACCUUGCGUAGCAACAGAAAUUCUCUUGCCAAUUGUGGUCAUGAGUCAAGAACUAGCUGUAUUCUUUCCCACAGUUCUCAGUGGGGAAGUUCUCAUUCUUCAUGGCCUAAGAGUUGGUCUUCUUCCUAAGGAAAUACUGUUACCUAAUUACGCAACCCGUUAUAUAUGCUUAGCUUGCUGCUUCUAUGUUUCAUCCAAAGGACAGUGAGAAUUACUUAGAGUGAUAACAGAAGGAAAACUUGAUUUAAACAUAACCUUAUCCAUCUAUUUCAGUGUUUAAGACAAAUACCAAGGGACCUGUAAUGAUCUACAUCCUGAAAGAUACGCUAGUUCUUAAGUACAAAUAUUUGGCAGCUCAGUCUAUGCAAAGGCUUUCUGCUGUAUUUGAAAAAGCCCUUCGUAUUCACAGCUCAUCAAAACUAAGCAUUUGAUUAUAAUUGGGGUGGGGUGGGAGGACUUUAUAUCCCUAAAUCUUAAAUUUAGGAAUUAACAACAGUCUGCUAAUUCUCUGGAAAGCUCUGGAUUUUUGUAACAAAUAAAAAAACCUUUUAAAAUUAUCUGCCGGCAAAACCAUCUGCAGUUUUUGACAUGCAGAAUAGGGAGGUUUGCUCAGCAUGUUUGUACUGUGUUCACUAUGGUCUUACAAAAAUGCACUGCAGCAAUUAAUCAAUAUGCAUAAUGUGAACAGCAGAGAGCCUGUUAUAUUAGGCUUUGUACAACAAAUAGCACAUUUCUAGGGCUUCUUCAUAGUGUGGAUAAAGAUAAAAGGAAACUAGUUUUUUGUGUGUUUAAAUUCAAUUUCCACAACAACCUGGAUAAAAAACCCUAAUGGAUCAGCCUGUGAUAAUAGGCUUUCUCCAAUGUUUUUGUUUGAUGUUUUUAUAAGUAAAAACUAAGAAAAUAAAAAUUACUGGAUAUUAUUGUCAGCUUCAGCGCCAAAGUAAGUGAGUGUGUGGUCAUUUUGUGCUUAGAUCACAAUAUAAACAGUUUCUUGCAGCAGAGGGAAAUACCAAUUUCAUGGCCUGUCACAAUAGUUCAAGUGUCUUCCCAAAUUUUGCUAAGGUAUUAUACUGUUACAAAGACAUUUAAAUGAUUCAAAAUCAUUUGGACUAAAGCAUUGAAAUUGGACAAAUAGAACUGAAACUACAAAGGCAAAGAAGCUAUGACUGAGUAUAAAAAAUAAAGGAAAUCAGUCCGAGAUAUUUAAAUUAUAAGGACUAUUAUAAGGACAAAAAAAAAAAGAAAAAGGUGGAUGGGACUUUGACACCAAAUAUGACUGUUUAGAAGAAUUCAUUAAUAUCAUGGAAAGAAAUUUUAUAUUGUGUAUUACUUAGCGUGUGAUCAGAUAGUUCAAGAGCAGAUCAAUGAUACUGUAAAGGAAAAACAUGCUUAAUUUAAAAUUCUUUAUCUACAAUAUAGCAGGACACUUUUUGGUACCUCCUGUUGUGUCUUUUCAACCUCCAUAUCAUCUUUCUUUGACUCUACCAGGAGCAGUUUAUAAUGUCAGCAGCGCUGGUGCUGGGGGAGUCUAGAAAACAUCUCCUAUAGCUAUUUAAAAUUAGCAUGCUUACUUAGUCAGAGCAAUCACUACGGAACAAAUGUCAUAAACAUUCCCAACAGAACACAUGCUUUCCCCAGCACUCCAAAGUAUUCUAGGACAUUGGCUCUGGACUUUUAGCAAAAGAGAAUUUUGCAGUACCAGCCAGCAUGUUAGCUCAAUCUUCAUUGAAAUUACUUGAACAAUUAUUUUCUGCAGAAGCCUUCUGAAAUGAGAGCUAAUUGGGGAUAUAUGGAAUAGUUCUGAGACCAUAAGCCAGCUAAGUAUUUUUCAUAUAACACAAUGUAUUAGAUUUCUUGUCAGUUUGUUAUGAUUGGAAGAUCCUUUCCAGAAACAUAUAUAAUUAACAAAGCUUUCCAACUUGGAGUACACUAGGAGUACAUUAGGCUGAUGGCAGCUUUCCCGAGUGAAAUUUUGUAAUACAGAAGAGUAAUUACAAAAGAUGAAUUAACCACUCAGUCUUGUGUUCUUAUAGGAAAUCAGCUCCUAGCCAUGACAAUGAAAACAAGCAAUUUCAGAAGUAUAUACUUCUAUAUAUACCAGUUGCUGGGUAACAAUAGGAGUUGACUUUUCUAGAAUUAUCUACCUCAGUGCUGAUGGAGGAAUUCUGGGAGCUGAAGUUUAUACAUCUUAAGGUUGUUGAGAUUGAGAAACAGUGAGCUAGCUGAUUAUUAGGAUGCUUGACCAGAUGGAUCUCUGGCCUGAUCAAGUUGGAAGGUUUUUAUUUGGCUGGAUUGACAUAAGAUUUUGCAGAACAAGUAUUAGGAAAAUUUAACAAAAGGAAAACCUAGUGGUUGUCGUCCAUUAGUGGCAUGGAAAAAUAUUUCCAUAUUUUACUUGUGCAACAUUUCUCUCACUGUCUUAUUAAACACGCUGAAAUGCUACAUUCUAAGAGUUCGGAUGUUACAAGAUGUCCAAUCUUGUAACCAUUUUUUUUUUUAAAUCUACAGAGAAUUUUCUUGGAAAUUACAGCACUAGUGGGGGAAGAAGGGCUUCGGCCAACUGAACCCCCACUUGGUAUACCUUGAAUAUGUUUUGGCUAAAACUCCUUUUCGUUUGCUGGCUAGAAAUUCUGUAGCUGCAGUAUAAAUGCAUCCAUAGAAUGGGGUUCAGGAUGGCUGACAAGAAUAAAGUAUGAAUAUAAUGGCUUUAAAAAAAUUAUGCAAAAAGAUAUUGCAUCUUUUUUAAAAAGAUUUUGUUUUGUUACAAUAUUUGAAUGGGGCUGUGGAAUUGCAAAGGCAUGGCAGAGCAAAUAUACAUUGCAUACUUGUGCCCUAACUAAGAGACUAUAUGGAAGAGAAAUACCAACAUUAACCAGGAUCAGUAUGGCUAGGCAAGGGAAGCCAUGGUUCAGUGGUAGAGUAUAUGCCAAUGCCAAGUUUAUCCCCAAGUGUUUGUACUUUAAUAAUAAAAAAAUACCAAAUAGUAAUUUUAAAAUUUUUUGCUUAAGAGCUGGAGAAGACUGUCAACCUGAUAAAUUCCUACAUUUUCCAUCUAGUGUAUACACACACACACACACACACACACCAUCAUGUUCUCUGGAGACAAAUUCAUUUUCUGAAUGCAAUAUUAUUUGACUUUUCUUUAAAUGCAAUAGCAAUUUCUUAUGAUGAAACCCCAUUAGGCUUCCAAUUGUGCAAGAGCAAAGAAAGUUGCUUUGAACGCUGAAUGCAAAGGACUGCCAAACAUCCGUGCUAUUACAUGAGGCUGAAUUUACAUUGUUUUUUUUUUUCAGUUAGAAAUACAAGAUUUUUAAGAUGAGAGACAAGGGGGCGGGCAGAAGGCCUCAGGAGGCCUCUGCAAAGCUUCUUUCUGAAUGUAGGCUCAUUUCCAGUUCAUGUUUGACACAUGCAAUUCAUGUUUAUACAGAUUUCACCAAUCCACUCUGAUCCUUCACCUGAAAAACCAUAGGCAUGACUAGCAAUAUAUUGUGUUAGUCUAGCUUUGAAUGGAAAGGAUAAGUUUGAAUGUCCAUUUUAGUUCUAAAUUAUCUAAAUUAGAAGUGAAUAAUUUUACAUUUAUAGAUGAGUCACAAAUUAAGGAUAGUUUUGACAAACAUACAUUGAUAACUUGAAUACUACAGUCCUCUACUGUCUUCACAUCCGUCUAGCCAUGCAGGUCUUUAUAACUACCUGGAAGGUAACAGAAGCUGCAAUGUCUGCCAUGAUACCAUUAGAACCAUUGUUCUUUUUGUUACUGCUCACAUUCAUUAAUCAUAGGGACAGGUUUUAAGAUUUUAUAUGUAUUUGACAUUAAAGCAAAGAGGAGUUGGCCAACCAAAUGAUUGUCUCCAAGAGUGGCUGCAUGCAUUCAUAUACUGAUCAAUUGAGGUUUUCCUCUCGUCAAGGUUUUAUGUUAAUAUCUUUGAUUCCUAAUAAAUCCUGAAGCGCAUCAUGGGGAAGAGCCCCACCAUGUGAUUCCCUACCCCAUUCUAUCCUAUAGUUUCUGCUUUUUCUGCUCUGCCUUUUUCUCAGGUGCUCCCUCCUACAUGCUGAACUCAAAAAUAAUUGUUGAACUUAUUUUCAAAUGAUGACUUGUUUUGUACAUGUUGGUAUAUGUUUUAAUUUAUUUGUGUUGCUGGUUUGAACUGAUUUUCAAUUGCGUUUUGCAAAAUCAUUUUAGGUUUCAAUAUCUGUGUCCAUGCCUCAGCAAAUUUUGGUCAAUGCUAGUGCUUAUAUCAGCACUUCUGCAACUGAGUGAGAUAUCAUGUAAAUGUUACUUGCUUUAUGCAAACUGAUUUUAAUUUCACUAAGAUGUCUAGGUUACAUUAUGAAGCAGAUGAACAAACCAUUCCCAAGGAUCUAUUCCCUCUCCUUUCUUUGGGUGAUUUUAUCCAAUAAACUGGUAUCUUUCUAAGCUCCAUUUUUCUCCCCCAUUGAGCUCUCAAACAGGUCCUUCUUAUUAACACUGAGAGCAUCUACCUUCAGACCGAAUCUCUAAGAUCUGCAUGUUUGCUGCAGAAACUGAAAGCAAUGUUUAAACUGAAUCAAAUAACUUCUAAAGCUUUAUAUAUUUAUUUAUUUAUAGCUUCUUUUUUUAAAAAAAAAUGUUACAAAGGGAAGGAUUGUGUUCCUUUCUUCAUCUCAGUAACUACUACGGGAACAGACAAAACAAAAUAAAAGAAUAGUCACCUAAUUGUUUCUGUCUAGAUCAAGACUGGAUCUUAGCAAAUUAAAUAAAGCAUACAGAAAGAUUUUUGGCCUGCUGUUAUAUUUUGGGAUAUGUGCAUUCUCCAUUGCUAUGUCUGUGUCUAUGUCAUUAAUAUUCUAAUUCCCUUUGAUCUGUUCCAUGGGAAUGAAAUUGCUCUGAGCUUGUGGGUGGAAGGGAAAUAAACCUAUUUUAAAUACAGAAUCUUCCUUGCAAGGGGGAAAUCAGAAGUAAGCAGAGCCUAUUUUAAUUUGCAGAUUAUGAAUUAUUAUUAAUUAUUGGAUUCUACUAUUUCCCAUAAAGGAACUCAAAUUUGAACUUGA